GAAUGGCAGAUGUCGUUGAAGAUAUGAUUAACAAGCGGCUGGAUGAAACAGAUAAGAAAUUAACAUCUUUACAGGAACAAUAUGACGAACAAAUAACGCAGAUGAAUGUUCUGAAAAAUCGAAUUGAGAAAUUGGAACUGGAGAAUAAAUUGAAGCAAUUGAGACUUUAUGGAAUGAAAGAAAUUGAUGGCGAAAAUUUGAAAAAUAAAGUGAAAGAACUCUUUCAGCAAAAGUUUGGAUUACAAGAUAUUCAAAUAGAAGAAUGCUACAGGGUGGGCCCAAAAAGGAACUCAUCUUGUGUUGGCAGAAGAAUUAACAAAGGAUAACUAUAAGUUGUUACUCGAAGCAAAGAAGAAGAUGGGUAUGAAGAAAGUUUGGUCGAAUAUGGGGAAAGUAUUUAUUGAAGUGUCCGGGAGAAGACACAUGAUUAGUUCAACUUCAGAUAUUGAUAAAUUUUUAAAUAAAACUUAGGGGGUGACA